GACUGCAAGGUGAGCAGCUGCCCGCACUCCGGCUCCACACAAGUCUUGGACGACCGCUACGCCGUUAUCGAAGCGGCCGUGGAGGUCCUCUACCAUCAAAGCACACAGCUCUUCCCUGGGAACGAUGACACGGUCCCCAACCAAGUGAAGCUCGCCAUCGAUCCAGAGGCGGAGAUCGUCUACUGGUUCUCCCCACAGCCCAGCACGGGCUAUGUGUCUCUGUUGUACCUGGACGUCCAGGGAUGGACACCCAGCCAGGGAGUCUUUGAACCCUGCGACGUCGGCGAGGUGGCGGGCCACUAUGCAUACGGUUCUUGGUCCUCCUUGGUGGUCGCCUGCGAUGGCACACUUCUGAGCCAUGAGGUGAAUGCCAUUAAGGCCUUGAACUUCGCGAACGACACGCACGUGGCUGCCUGCAAAGCGCAGGCCGCCCUCUGGCCGACUCUGGAUCCAGACGGGCGGACCGGUUGGAAAGGAUGUUGGGACCGGAUCAUGGACACCGGGACUGCUUCUGCGACUGGCGCCAACGUGCUCAAGGCCAUGACCUACGACCCGAAACGCGACCAGGUGUACUAUGCCUUCCGACACACCACGACGACGGAGUCUAUCUCGCGCUUCUCGCGGACUGCCGGCCCCCAAGGACCUGGCAACGACGAGGUGGUGUAUUCUGGCAUCUUCUACGAGUUCCCGCCACGCAGCGACAAGGGUGCCGCCUUCAUUGCUGGCUUGGCUCUGGAUACGCUCAACGAACAAAUCUAUGUGGCAAACUACUACGGGAACUCAGCCAAGCAAUCCCUGGCGAUGCUCCCUCUUCCCGAGAACAAGUUUUAUCCAGGUGAGAACAAAGUCGUCCACGCAAAGUACUGGCCCAUGGACUUGGUCGCCGAAGAUGAUGCUCCUAUUGCCUGCCUGUACGGACAUCAGUCGAUCGAGCACUCCAGUGGGUAUGGCAACCGCAAGUGCGAAUACCAGGGUGAACGUCUUCAAUGGACACUUCGACACACCGGCAUGGACGUUAUCCUUCCAAACCCGGAGGGCAUCACGAGGUUCUAUGUCACGGACACCUCCAACAACCUGGCGGUGCUGCCUCCGAAGCCGGUCCUGCUUGGGCGCUCUGCACCCUUCAACUGGACGCAGUUCUUCUACAUGCUGCCCCAUGCGAAGAUCGGUACAAGCAAAACGAAUGGCUGGACCUUCCUCAGCAUGCCUGUGACCGCCACCGACCUAGGCUACCAGCCCAGCUUUGACCUUUGUGCCGAACUCUGCUCCACGUUCUGGCGCAAUGGCACCCAGCGCUGUGUGGCGUUUGACUGGCGCAUGUCCAAUCACGACUGUGAGUUCUUGAAGGACCAAGGCAGACUUCCGAAUCAUACGAAGAGUUGCGCCUACUCCAAUAGCGGCCCGUCUUGCUUGUUCGCCUUGGUGCCACUGACGGAUUCUGCGGAUAGCUUCUCUAUGUGGCCCAAUCCUUGCUUCACCAUGCCAACGGCAGACAGUGACGGCAAUGCGUGGAUCAUCGCCGAAUCCGGCUAUGCCCCGGCUGGAGGCUGGCCCAGCUAUGUGCGAGAGGGAUAUAGCUUCGACAAGGAACGCUCGUUGACCUUCUUCCUGCGACCGGAGUUGCUCGAAGAAACUGCGGAGGCCCAGGCCAUGCGCGACAUGUGGCGACAAGCAGUGCCAAAUGCACGCUGGUAUGGCACCUCGCAGGAAAAAGAGUACACGGUCGGUGACUACGCCAGGAACGGCAAUGCCAUCUUUCCGGGUGACCUGCAAGCCGAGAUCUUCAAGAACAGGGUUCAGGGUGUGGAUCCCGAUGACACGAAUCCCCCUGCCAUGCCAACGACUGCAGCAUCCUGCUUUGCAAGCGACGUUGUCGCGACAACUACGGCCGCGACAGGUGGAGAGACCGGGGGUACCAGCGACCCCGGCGGCGACGGCGUGUCGUCGACUUCCACCACAGGCUCCUCAGAUGAUGGGACGAGUAGCCCAGUGCUCGGUGGGACGGCCGACAAGACCAUUGGCCUGGGAUCUCCGAUCCUACUCCUCUCGGUCAUCUUCAUGAACACCUGA